GUAAAAAUGAAAACACUUCCUGACUUGGCUGUUCGUAACGCUGGGUUAGCUAUUUUUCAUUAAAAUGAGUGAUCUUGCGAAAUAACCUAUAGAAAACUAGCACAAUUAUACCUUAUUUAUCAGAGCGUUCUCAUACUUGUCUCGGCUAAAUCGUUAGCUUCUUCAGCUUCAGGGAGACUCGCUAUAAUAGCUGCCACUGCAGGUUGUUUUAUUUUAGAAUAGAAGCCAUAAUGGCGUCGAGCUACAACGCGAAGGAAGAAGACGGUCACGUCGCCGUACCUGGCGGUGGGACCAUCCAGAAUAAAAAGCCCGAUAACACAGCGUUUAAACAACAACGAUUACCUGCUUGGCAACCCAUCCUGACAGCGGGCACAGUUCUUCCAGCUUUCUUCGUUAUCGGUCUCAUCUUCAUUCCCAUUGGUAUCGGCCUCUACGUCACGUCAAACAACAUCAAGGAGUUCGAGGUAAGGCCCAUGCUAUCCGGGAUCCUUAGCUAGCUGGCUACUGUACUCAAUAAGUACAAGAGGAAGGGAUGGGGCACCUGUAGUACUAGGGAGGGGGAUGGGACAGGUGUCUGAGGAAGCCCAAUCCCGCCACCAAAAAACAAAAAAGCUACUUUUUACACACUUCCUGUUGUUUCUCAUGAUGAUAGGUAUCAAUAGAAAAUAUAGCCUAAACACAAACAAGUCCUACAAAGGCCAUUCGACCGAGGGUAUAUGUAUUUGUAGGCAACAGAUUCCGACCCUACCGCUUUAUGCUUGUUCUCACUGAGCUGGACUGGGGUGAGAACACAAUCAUGGUUAGAUUAAGACACUGCGGAGCCUUCUGGAGAUAUGGGUCGGAAAAUGUACCUCAAUGCAGGGAUGGGAUGGGAUGUGCCACUGUAUCCAAAUUGUACCUACAUCCAAACUGAUAUAUGGAGAAGAUUGAAAUACUGCCCUUUUCGUCUUCAUGCUAGCUAGCAGUAGCCAUAGCUGCCAUUAUGAAAUGUCAUGUCACGUGUUGAACUACAAAGGAGCUGAUUGGCCCGGUGUCUUAACUUAAUCUAACCAUGAUUGCAUUCCGACCCCAGUGCAGCUCAGUGUAAACAAGCGUAACUGUAGGCUCGGAAUCUGCUGGCUAAUGUACUGUAUUUGAUGCCAGGUCACAGGUGCACCAUUUGAAAUAAUGUUAAGCAGAAGAUUGCCAGCCAUUUGGAAAUGCUGUUUGGAUUUACACAUGUCAUUACAGAUUGAUUAUACUGGGACUGACAUGUCCAGCCCAUGCUUCAACUGCUCCCAGAGCUUUAGUUGGAACAGCACAAGACCAUGCACCUGUGCACUGCCCUUCUCUCUGGAACAGCCUUUUGAAGUAAGUAUGAAGCGUGAUGUCUGCAUCCCAAAUAGCAACCUAUACACUAUGUCAGUGGUUACCAACCUUUUCCGGUUACUAUACCACCAACUGAAUUUUGCUCUGCCCGGAGUACCUCUGAAUUACCCCCUUGUGCAUUUUACCAGUAGGCCUAGGGUCUCAUCAGUCUUCUCAAGUACCCCCUGUUGAAAGGUUAAGUACCCGCAGGGGUCCUAGUACCCCUGGUUGGGAACCACUGCCCUAUGUAGUGCACUACUUUUGGCCAAGGGCCAUUUGGGACGUAGAUGAUGUCUCAAGUUCUCUCAGUUGGUGGUGGUAUAUGUUUCUGAAUUUGAAAUGUGAUCAUCAUGAACAUUGAAUUGAAUUUUGUCUCAACAGAGCAAUGUAUUCAUGUAUUAUGGCCUGUCCAACUUCUACCAAAAUCACCGGCGCUAUGUCAAGUCCAGGGAUGACAGCCAACUGAAUGGUGACACCACCUCUCUAAUGGUACAUAUUAUGCCUUUUGAACAGGGUUCCGUGCCAAAUAUAACAUGAUUUUCACACUGCAUUCCUGAAUCUCUGCAAUGACUUUUGACUGAUCAUCAACAAUUUUACAUCUUCAGUUAUCUGACAUAUCCAUCAUAUUGGCAAGAUGUCAGUAUGUUCUGUGCAAUUAUCUAACGUUACAUGUCUGCUUGCAAUGUCCACAGAACCCUAGUAAGGAGUGUGAGCCCUAUGCUCGCAAUGAAAAAAUGCCAAUUGCUCCCUGUGGUGCCAUCGCCAACAGCAUGUUUAACGGUAAGACAGUUAUGUCCUUUUUAGACCAUCAUUACAAGAAUUGCAAUAAGAGCAGCUCUGUUUAUUCAUGAUCUCUUUCCUCACAGACACUUUGGAUCUGUAUUACAUUGACCCUAAUGGCACAAGAAUCCAAAUUCCUCUGAUGAAGAAGGGGAUUGCUUGGUGGACAGACAAGCAUGUGAAGUUCAGGAAUCCAGGAGGCAACCCCAACCUCACAAGUGCUUUUCAAGGUGAGCAAGCACUCAGCAGUAUUGUUACUAUUGAAGUGGAUAAAGAAUCUCACUGUGUUUUUCCUAGGAAUCUCACUGUGUUUUUCUUAGGAAUCUCACUAUAAUUUCCUCACCCAGGUACAACCAAGCCGAUCAACUGGCGCAAGCCUGUCUAUGAACUAGACACAGACGCUGAGAAUAAUGGCUUCAUCAAUGAGGACUUCAUUGUGUGGAUGCGCACAGCUGCCCUCCCCACCUUCCGUAAGCUGUACCGUAUUAUCCAGAAGAAGAACAACAUGACGCCGACUCUUCCCCGUGGCAACUACACCCUGGAAGUCACCUACAGUAUCCUUUCACUGACAGCUGUUCAAAUGAUACAGCUGUACAGGAAGUUUGGGUUUGUGGAAUGAUAGCUUGUGAUGUAAUAGGAAUGUUCAAAACAGUCAUUGACAUAAUAGUUCAGACAGACCAGGUCGAUGUUGGGCCGUGUUCAGUAGGGGGCUGUUCCUUCACUUGUUAUAACAAUAGGUAUCACCAGCUGGGUGAUGACGAAUACUGUCUUUCUUUGUUGUUUCCACUAAUAUAGACUACAAAUGAUAUAAUAUCAGUCCACAUUGUUAUUGUAUGAUACGUUUUUAAGAUGGCAGUGGGCUCUUGAUCCGUGACCAUAUAUUUUCUGUCUGAGCCUCAGAAAUACAAGAUCCAGUCACGGAUCAGGAGCCACUCCCUUUUAAUAUCGUUGUUGCUAGAGUUAUUUUGUAAGUCAAAUGUUAAAUGGGUCUGAAGUUGAGCAUAUGAGUCUUCCUUAAUGAGUUGAUCCUAGACUAUCCUGUUCGUAGCUUUGAGGGCCGGAAGCGUGUGAUCCUGAGCACCAUCUCCUGGAUGGGGGGCAAGAACCCUUUCUUGGGCAUCGCUUACAUCACUGUGGGCUCCGUCUGCUUCUUCCUGGGAGUGGUCCUCCUCAUCAUCCACCACAAAUAUGGCAGCCGCAACAACACUGCUGACAUCCCUAACUAAAGACGUCUUGUAUGUAUGUUGCAUGCUGGCUAGCGGAGGCAUGGGUGUAACCAGUGGCUAAUUACAAGCACUGGUGGUCUCGUGUCUGGCUCGUGUACUGUGUGUAAGAAUGACCUGCUUGUCAAAAGUACUGUGCAAGUAUUGGAAGAGCAAAGACGUCAGGGGGAGAGUUCCGAUAAAGUAGAAGUUCUCUCGUAUUUAUUUUUCAUGGUCAGAAAGCUAUGCAGUUACGUAAGUUUUGAUGUCAAGAUGUUGUAUUGGCACUAUGUUGAAAUGUAAUGACGCUACAUCGAUGUGCAGAUAGUACAGUUUUAAUGCAGAAAUAUGUGUAUGUCAGUCAUAGAUGUUUAUUAGUUUACUUCUUUAUGAAUAAAUUAUUUAAAAUCAUGUUUGAAUACGGUCAAGCAAAUUGGAACAGUCCGUUAGGCUAAAUGUGGAAUUCCUUCAAGAGUCAAGGCUGUUGGUUCAUACACGUAUGUUGUUGUUGUUACAUACAGUACCGUAGUUUGAGGCACAUUUCUUUUCUGUUUACACUACAGAUAGGUCUCUAUAGAUUGCACAAGGAUGUGCACAAAUUUUCAGGUCAAGUGUAAUGGAAUGCUUGCAAUGUUUUCAAUGUACUUUAGUACUUAUUUUCUCAGUGUAUGUAUAUAUGUUAAAUCUGUUCAGCUGCCUAAAAUAUGCAGAGCUUGACUCAAGUUUAAGUAACAUACCGCAAAGGAAAAUUGUCAAUUUCAAGGUUUUCAGGGACCAAAGCUCCAUUCAUGUAGCCUGGGUGCCAGUCUGUU